AUGAACAUCAACACUUCAUGUCUAAUCUCCAAGAAAAUAGCAUUCAAAUUCAUCUAUGGUUUUCUUCUAUACAUUACCAAAUAUCAUCACACUUCAACUGCAUCAUCAACCUUGCAAGGAAAUGAAACUGAUUUACUAGCUUUACUUGACUUCAAGACUAGAAUAACUCAAGAUCCAUUUCACACACUGAGUUCAUGGAAUCAUUCCAUCCACCACUGCAACUGGUUUGGAAUCACUUGUAACAUCUCCAAUGGAAGAGUCAUCCAUAUGAUCCUUCCAGACAUGUUACUAGCAGGAACUCUUUCACCAUCCAUAGGAAAUCUUACAUACCUCACAAAACUCAACCUUAGAAACAGUAGCUUCCAUGGAAAGUUUCCUCAACAAGUUGGAAACUUACUAUAUCUUCAACAUAUAAAUAUCAGUUACAAUUCUUUUGGUGGAACCAUUCCAAGUAAUCUAAGUAACUGCAUAGAGUUAAGUAUAUUAAGUUCUGGUCAUAACAAUUUCACAGGAAAAAUUCCAACAUGGAUAGGAAAUUUUUCUUCUUUAUCUUUACUCAAUCUUGCUGUGAACAAUUUCCAUGGAACCAUACCGAACGAGGUAGGAAAGUUAUCGAGCCUAACACUUUUCGCGAUAAAUGGAAAUAACUUGUAUGGUAAGAUUCCUGCUUCAAUUUUCAAUAUUUCCUCCUUGUACUUUCUCACCUUCACUGAGAACAAUCUGCAUGGUAAUUUACCUUUUGAUGUUGGUUUUACUCUUCCUAAUCUUGAAACGUUUGCUGGUGGAGUCAACCAUUUCACUGGAACAAUACCUGAAUCACUUUCGAAUGCUUCAAGAUUGGAAAUUCUUGAUUUUGCUGAAAAUGGUUUCAUUGGAACACUUCCUAAGAACAUAGGAAGGUUGAAACUGUUGACAAGACUCAACUUUGAUACCAAUAGGCUUGGAAAUGGAAAAGAUGCUGAUCUAGAUUUUAUUACUUCAUUGAUUAAUUGUACUGUUCUUGAAGUUUUAGGCCUUGCUGAAAAUAAUUUUGGAGGAGAAUUACCGAAGUCGAUAGCUAACCUUUCAAUACAGUUGAAUGAGCUUGCAUUAGGUACAAAUGCUAUAUAUGGAAGUGUCCCUAUUGGAAUAAGUAACCUUGUUAACUUGACAACUUUGGGAUUGGAAAAUAAUUUCCUAAGUGGUUUUGUUCCUUACACAAUAGGCAUGCUUCAAAAUUUGGUUGAUUUAGAAUUGUAUAACAACAAUUUUUCUGGUUUGAUCCCUUCCUCUAUAGGAAACUUGAAUAGAUUAACAGUGCUACUAAUAGGGGAUAACAAUUUUGAGGGAAGUAUACCAGAAAGUAUUGGAAAUUGUCGAAACUUGUUGCGGCUAAAUUUGAGCCAUAACAAGCUCAAUGGUACCAUACCAAGACAAGUAUUUUCCUUGUCUUCUCUUUCAAUAUACUUAGACUUGUCUCAUAAUGCUCUCAUAGGGUCCUUGCCUUUUGAAGUAGGUAAUCUGGUUAAUCUAGAAGAGUUGGAUCUGUCGAACAACAAAUUGUCGGGCGUGAUUCCGUCCACGCUUGGAAGCUGUGCUAGUUUGGAAGGGUUGCAUAUGCAGGGUAACUUUUUUGAAGGUAAUAUUCCUUCAAGUAUAUAUAAUUUGAGAGGUAUUCAAGAUAUUGAUCUGUCAUGCAAUAACUUGUCGGGGAAGGUUCCUGAAUUUCUCGGUGAGAUCAUGGGGCUAAUGCGUCUCAAUCUUUCUUACAACGAUUUCGAGGGAGAAUUACCGAUGAACAGAAUCUUUGAAAAUGCAACAUCUUUUUCAAUUGAUGGAAACAUUAAGCUUUGUGGUGGUGUCUCAGAAUUAAACCUACCUUCAUGCACUAUGAAAAAAUUUCAUAGCCCCAAAGUGAUUAUCCCUAUAGUUAGUGCACUAGUAUUUGUAAUUUUUCUAUCUUGUUUCGUAGCAAUCUUUAUGAGGAAAAGAUCAGGAAAGAAAACUUCAAGAGAAAGAGUUACUGCAAAGGAAUUGGAAGUGAAUAUUUCCUACUCGGAAAUUGUAAAGUGGACGGGUGGAUUCUCCGAGGAUAACUUGAUUGGCACGGGAAGUUUUGGUUCUGUAUACAAAGCAACUCUUUUAAGCGACGAAACAAUCAUUGCAAUAAAAGUAUUGAAUCUUGAACAGAUAGGAGCUUCGAAAAGCUUCAUUGAUGAAUGCAAUGUUCUGAAAAUUAUAAGGCACCGCAACCUACUCAAGAUCAUAACCGCUAUCUCAGGUAUUGAUCAUAAAGGUAAUGACUUCAAAGCACUUGUGUACGAAUUCAUGUCAAAUGGAUGUCUAGAAGAUUGGUUGCAUCCUAAGAAUCAGACGAGAACACUGUCUUUUGUGAAAAGACUAAACAUAGCAAUUGAUGUUGCUUGUGCACUUGAAUAUCUUCACCAUUCUUGCCAAACUCCUAUUGUUCAUUGUGACAUUAAGCCAAGCAAUGUACUUCUUGACAAAAAUAUGGUAGCCCAUGUUGGUGAUUUCGGUUUAGCAACAUUUCUGUUUCAAGAAUCAUGUGAUUCUCCUAAACAUUCAACAAUGACUGCGAAUCUAAAGGGCUCUAUCGGAUACAUCGCUCCAGAGUAUGGAAUGGGUGGACGCGCGUCUGCGGUUGGAGAUGUUUACAGUUAUGGGAUACUAAUGCUAGAGAUAUUCACAGGAAAAAGGCCAACAGAUGAAAUGUUUGAAGGCGGCAUCGGAAUUCAACAAUUUACAGCCUUGGCUUUACCGAAUCAUGCUAUAGAUAUAAUUGAUCCUUCAUUAUUGCUACAGGAUGAAGAACUCGAUCGAUAUAACGAAGAUUACAGUGAUGAGAUAGCAUUAAGAUAUGAGAAUGAACCUGGAGAGUUGGCUAGUAUGGAGAAUUGUUUGGUUUCUGUGUUGCAGAUUGGAGUGUCAUGCUCUUCAAUCUCACCAAGUGAAAGAAUACAUAUGAAUGAGGUUGUCAACAAAUUGCAAGCAAUCAAGAACUCAUAUUUAAAACUUAAUGAGUUAAAUUAG